AUGGCGGGCGUGCUUGAGUUCGACCCGCUGCCGCUGCUUGCGUUGCUGGCCCGGCCGCUGCCGGUACUCGUGUUCGCUGCUGCAAAAGCCGUGGAAACAACCGUGCUCCUCUCGGUCUCCGCCAGCUGCGUUGCGACGACCGACCCGCCGGGUAAUAACGUGCUGGUAAGGACAGUGGUGAAGGUGGUGACCUGCGACUGCGCAGUGCUUGCUGCAGGAGCGCUGGAGGAUGACCCACCGCUAGUUUCGGCGACAGAGCUGGCAGAUGGUGAAGAUGUAGACCCAGUUCCGGAGGAAGGAUUUGGCGAUGAGGAGGCUGCCGCCACCGAGGAGCUGCUCUGUACAGGGGAUGCCGUCGAAGAAGCGGAAUCUUGGGAAAGCCCACCCAGCGCCGACGUACACGAUAAAGAUGUCGUGGCGCUUGGCUUCAGAGACGUAACACUGUUGCUGAGCGAUGUCGAGACGCUCUUGGAGGUGACCGUCGCAAACUCGGUCGCCGUUGGCGAGGAAAUGCAGGACAUGACGCUCCAACAACGAGGGGAUCUGCCCAAGGCACGCUCUGUUGCGCGUGCUACACAUAUGCAUGGAAACUACGUCCAGCGUGUUGUCAUAAAGUAA